AGUGAAUCCUUAUAUCAUGGCCUCUGACCCACUAGGGUCUCUCUUCGACCUCAUCCGCUCCACCCCGGGGGCUGAGCUCAACCGAGUCGCUGUGGAGGAGUUCAGUGGCGCAGGAAGGGGUGUACGCGUUAAGACGGCUAUUCAGAGUGGACAAGUGGCUAUUGGAAUCCCCCACAAGUUCAUAAUCACUGCAAACGUCAGCAGUCCUUGCCUCAGUGACGAUUCCGAAGUAUAUCGGAAAUGGAUAAUGAAAAUGGGGAAGAUUCUUAGCGGAGCGGAGCUGCUCUCGUUGAUACUGUUAAGGUUACUAGAGAGGUCUCGCAGCAAUUUGAGCCCCUCGGACUGGCGCUCGUUGUAUCUGCGUACACUGCCUUUGGAGUACACAACGAUUUCCUACUGGUCCGAAGCUGAUAAGAAGAUGUUUUCUGCGGCCUCUAGUGUUCUUGCGGAGGAACUUGAAACGGCUGAGCGCACGUGCAAGAUUUCCUGCGAAAAGAUACGCCAGGCUACGGGAGGAAGAUACGCGAUGGAAGAUAUUGAAUGGGCCUACUGGACGAUAGAGACGCGAGGCUGUUACCAUCGACUUGGUGGAGUCUGUCUGGUUCCCUUAGGAGACAUGGUCAAUCACAGCGCCGAGGCUUACUCUACUGAGAAUUGUGGGAAAUGUGGUAUGCAAAAUCGUUGUGGGAAUUAUAAUGUUCGUGAGCAUCGCUAUGAGUUCACUGCUAUGCGAGACUAUAACGAAAACGAGCAGUUCUUCGUCGUGUACAGUGGGUGUGCCAGCACAGAUCUGCUCAUGCGUUAUGGUUUCUCUACACUUACUUCCCACUUGAAUGCUGAAAAUUGUCAAUUCGAAAGCGUUCGGGUGUCACCUGGGAAAUUGUGGAGCUCUGGAGACGCUGUACAGCAACUGAUUGAAGGGGGCCUAUUUGUGUGUGUCGAUGGCUCGCUAUCGCACAGCUUUGCGACUACCGCGCGCCUCAAAAUUGCCAGAGAUCAUGGCGUUACAGCGUCACUGAAGAAUGUAGUGGUUGGGGACUCACUGGGGAACGUCGAGCAUGAACAAGAGGCUCGGGAGCUGUGCGGUGAUGUGAUUCAGGAGGAGAUUGAUUCGAGGUUGCGGGCUUUGAGUGGAAGAAGUGGCAGUGGAGUGGUACGGGGGUUCCUACGUGGCCAAGUUGCCAUUUUACAAAGGGCAUUGAGAAAACUCAAGGGCAAGAUGUCGGUGGCAGCGCCUAAAGCAGAUGGGGAGAUGGCAAAGGAGG